AUGACCAAACGUAGCUCUGGUACCACUGCUCAUAACACAACAUUUAUUUCAUUGUUUCUUCUUUCAUAUGCUAGGACUGAAUCAGAACUCCUUAAGGAAAUUGUUGGAGAUGUUUUGCAAAAAUUGACUCCUACAUACCAAAACCAACUUAAAGGUCUGGUAGGAAUUGAGGACAAUUAUGAGGAAAUUGAAUCAUUACUGAAAAUUGGGUCAACUGAAGUGAUAACCAUUGGAAUAUGGGGUAUGGGUGGCAUAGGAAAGACCACCCUAGCCACUACUUUGUAUGCAAGAUUGUCUCCUCGGUUUGAAGGUUGUUGUUUCCUGAAAAAUGUAAGGGAAAAUUCAAGCAGUCAAAAUGGACUUGAAGCUUUACAUAACAAACUUUUCGCCAAGUUGUUAGAGAUUGAAAAUCAUUGUUUUGAUCUGAAUUUUGUGAGGCGUAAGCUUAAACAUAAAAAGGUUUUAAUUGUGUUGGAUGAUGUGGACACGUUACAACAAUUAGAAUAUCUAGUUGAAGAUUAUGAUUUGUUGGGGCCAGGAAGUAGAGUCAUUGUUACAACUAGAAAUAAACAAAUUUUUAGUCUAGUUGAUGAAGUAUAUGAGGUCAAGAAAUUGAGCUCUGAUCAAUCUCUUCAACUUUUUUGUUUGACUGUUUUUGGAGAAAAACAACCUAAACAUGGAUAUGAAGAUCUUUCAAGAAGUGUAGUUUCCUAUUGUAAAGGCGUUCCUUUGGCUUUAAAAGUUAUGGGUGCAAGUCUUCGUCGAAGAAGUGAAGAGGUAUGGGAAAGUGAAUUGAGAAAACUCCAAAAGAUUCCAAAUAUGCAAAUUCAUAACAUUUUAAAAUUGAGUUAUGAUGGCUUAGAUCGUUCUCAAAAGAACAUCUUUUUAGACAUUGCCUGCUUACUGAAAGGAGAAAACAAGAAUUCUGUAACAAGUCUACUAGAAGCUUGUGGUUUCUUUGCAGUAUCUGGAAUCGAAGUCCUUUUGGACAAAGCUCUCAUAACAAUUUCAAAUUACAAUUCGAUAGAAAUGCAUGACUUGAUACAACAAAUGGGUCAAGAAAUUGUUUAUCAAGAAUCCAUCAAAGAUCCGGGAAGACGAAGUCGAUUAUGGAAACAUGAUGAAGUGUAUGAAGUAUUGAAAUAUAACAAGAAUUUGGAUACAUUAACUGAGGAUCUGUGUUUGAGCUCUGAUUUCCUUGCAAAGAUGCCUAAUGUGAGAUUUCUUAAAAUCCAUACAAAGCACCGGAAUAAAAAAAAAUUUAAUGUGUCCCUUCCUCAUGGUCUCAAGUCAUUCUCUUAUAAAUUGAGGUACCUUCAAUGGCAUGGAUUUUGUCUCAAGUCUUUGCCGUCUAACUUUUGUGCUGAACAACUUGUAGAGCUUCACUUGUCUCUGAGCAAGGUUAAAAGGCUUUGGAAUGGGGUUCAGGAUCUUUCGAAUUUAAAGACAAUUCUCUUAGAUGACUUGCCAGAGCUGGUUGAGAUGCCGGACUUAUCUAUGGCAAGAAAACUUGAACGUAUUUCUCUUCAAUAUUGUAUAAGUUUGCGUGAGCUCCAUCCGUCCAUCACGUCUCUCCCUAAGCUCACACAGUUGGAGUUAUUUGGACUUUCAAAAAUUGAUAUCCUUAAAGUUCAUUCAAAAUCUCUUCGUAAACUUAGCACCUUGGGUUGUUCAUCAUCUCUCAAGGAAUUCUCAAUUACAUCAAAGGAAAUGACUACUUUGGAGUUAUUGGAAACCACUAUAAGUGCAUUGCCGUCAUCAAUUUGGGAAAAUAGGAAACUUAGUAAACUUACUCUAACAGUCUCAAACAAUUUUGAAAAGUUAUCAGAUGAAGGAGGAAUGGGGUCGAUUACAACACUGAACCAUUCUGAGUGUGUGAAGCACAAUGCAUGCCAUACCCACCACAACUUUGGAAACUUAUCAUCUUUAAAAGAGUUAUGGUUAAGUGGAAUUAAUGAUGUGAGCUUGUUUGCAAACAUCCAAAACCUUUCACUGCUGCAAGUACUUCACCUGGAAAAUUGUCAAAACCUUGUGUCUCUGCCACAACUUCCACCAUCACUGGGUGUGCUUAGUUUAAGUGAUUUAAGGGAACUCGUGUCUCUACCACAGCUUCCACCAUCCCUUGAAAUUGUUCAGUUAAUUGACUGUAGGAAACUCGUGUCUCUGCCACAGCUUCCACCAUCCCUUGAAAGUCUUCAGUUAAAUGACUGUAGGGAACUCGUGUCUCUGCCACAGCUUCCACCAUCCCUUGACAGGCUUUUGUUAAAUGAUUGUAGGAAACUCGAGUCUCUACCACAGCUUCCACCAUCUGUGACAUAUGUGAAAGCCAUUAACUGCACUCUUCUAGGGACAGAUUUCACUCAACGGAUAGCAUUACAACACAUGUUGAGUCGCUCACAGAGCCUUAACUUCGGUAAGUUUUUCAUGUUCCCAGGAGACCAUGUGACCGACAAGUGUGAGUUUCAAAAAGCAGGGACUUCAAUAACUAUUCCUUACCUCUCACCGUCGAACUUGUGUGGUUUCAUUUGUUCCCUCGUCCUUUACAGGGGAUCAUACGAUGGUAUUGUUUCGUCUUCUGUCUAUCAAGAUGACGAAGGGGUCUUCUACGACAAUUACUUAGUCUCCAAAAAUCUAACUUCAGAUCACAUUUCAUUUCACUAUUUUAAACCAAAAGAUCUUUCCAACGACGUACCAUUGAAAUUUGAAUUUCAUUUCUAUGAACGGGGUAGUCGUAAAGAUUACAGUCAAGAGAGAAUAAAAGAGUGUGGAGUCUUCCCAGUGUAUGCCUCAAGCAUGGAAAUUAGAGUUGGAGAAUCUGAUGAUGAAAAUGAAUUGGAAUCCAUUUCUCAAAUCAAUAAUAAUGAGUCUCAGCCUAGUGAAAAUGGAGAUGCAGUUGGAGUUGGAGUUGGAGGCUCUAGUAAUGAAAAUGGAUUGGAAUCCAUCACUCAAAUCCAUGAGAAUGAGUCACAACAUGAAUCCAUUAGAGUUAAAGGCUCUAAUAAUGAUAAUUAAUGGGAGUGGGGAUUUUAUGCUUAUUAGACUACUUCAUUGGUUUUCUUUUGAAACUUGGUGGGAAGAGCUCUCUAGCAUGGUGGAAUAGUCAAAGCAAUAUUCAGAACUCUUUGAUGGUCUAUUUCACGUCAUUUACAAAUAAAAAGAGAUUAUUUAUUCUACAGUAGAUGAGUGAUAUAUCAAACUAUGAUGGUAAUGAGUUUAUGAUUCAAAAUAAGAAAACCUUUCUUUGUCUCUUGUCAAUAAGAUGAGUGAUAUCAAAUUAUGAUGUGCUAGGAAUGUUUCUCUGUUCAGACAAUCUAAUAAAAUAAAUGAUCUGAAUCGAAUU